AUGCUGCAGCAGUUCGUGGACCAUGUCCUCGCCGUAACUAAGGAGUGAGUCGUCUCGUUUUCCUUUCUCUAUGUUUGUGAAUUGUUCUGUCUUCUCCUUGGCCCCUCCUUAAUACGAUCCUUCACCUCUUUAUUUAGGAAUUUUGUUCCUAUUGAUUGCCAUUACGACCCUUUACCUUUUUCUUUAGGAAUUUAGUUCCUGUUUAUUGCCAUUACGACACUUUACCUGUUUCUUUGGGAUUUUUUUUUAUGUUGAUUGCCUCAUUCUAUGGGGACGACGAAUACGUUUGAGUGUAUAUUUUUGGUGUUUCUUCUAAGGGAAAUCCUGGAUGGACGGAUAUCUUCUGGUGGUCCGUGUUGAUAUUUAUGAUGCGUAUUUCAGUCAUUGUUCAUUCUGAAUACGCAGAUGGCGCUAUGAGGUCUUUGGGAAAAUGGUUUUUUUCUUCUAUUGGUUGUUUAUUUUUCCCGAUAAAUUUGGUCCUUUUUUUCUGGCGCGGGGUGGGGGGCGGGGUGGUGAUGGUCCUGAGUUUACUGUGGUUGGUUUUCAGUGGUCAUUCAAUAACUGAUACACCUAAAAGUGUGACCAGUCGGACAGGGAGGUUUUCGUGAAAAAUUCAUCUAGCCUGUAGUUUAUUUUAUUCAAAAAUUGACAGAAGAAGAUUAUUUGAAGUAGUGAGAUUGCAUUUCCGAGAAUAUUAGACACAUAUGUCGGGUAUUUGGUACAUCUUUCUCUUCUAAGAAGGCAGUUGUAUCCAUGAAGCGCGUGCAAUCAGCUUGAUGCAAAUGUCUAAAACUUAGACCUGCGGCCUUUUAGCUAGAAUGAUUGUUGAGAACAUGUAGAUCCUCCCUGAGUCAUUGCUCCAAAAUUAUUAUCGUCUCAUUUUUCUCUCCAAAUGACGCUAGCUUUGUUUUUAGGAUGACCUAAAGAAAAUGGAAUAGAAAUUCUGGGCAUGAAAUAAUUAUUCUCCUACUAGUAAAUGACCUAAGAAAUAGUUGAUAAUAUCAGCUUCCAAUAGCUGUUGGACUGGAGAAAGAAAGCAUAAUCCCUAGUGGGGUUAUGUUAGAACUCAUCUUUAAUGGUAGAUAGAUAGGUAGAUAGGUAGGUAGAGAGAGAGAGAGAGAGAGAGAGAGAGAGGGAGAGUAUCUGCUGCAGCAAACCGGGCACUGGGAAUGGCGGCCCAAUCUCCUGCGGUGGCUGGGCAGGUCCCAUUCCAAUUUCCAUAAAGUUCUUCUUCUCCAAGUUAUUGUUGGGACCUUUGAUCUAUUCUAAAGUGAAUAAUAAAAAAAUCAUAUUUUUUCCAUUGUUCAGCGUUGUAGAUUGGAACCAUUUCUACCUUUAUUUCUUCUUUACUGUCGGUGUUUUUUCUUUUCAUCAGGAGUUUAUUUUUAAUUUAAUAACUUGGAAGUUGUUGUUUACAGGUCCGUAAAGACAUUCACAUAUGAAUCUUUGAACAAUGUUGUGCGGCUCAUAAAUGGAAUUUCUGCGCUUCUUUUAGCUUUCUUGCCUGGGAAGACUCCGAUUCUUGAAGGAAUCCAUGGCUGGGAACUUAGGCCUGCUUUUCGUGGACCUCGUUUCCCACGUUGGAUGGAAAAGUAAGUCCACCCUUAUAACUCACAAUGUGCUCUUGGUAUUCGUUUAGUGAAGUUAUUUUGAGGAAAGAUGACUACUGCAUGGACACUGGUCCUCUUGUGUGUAACUCUGUCUAUUAGCUGGCCAUAGAUUUCUGGACAUUCAUCUAUGCUUACUUUUCCAUUAUGCUAUAAAGUUAUUUCGUUGACAACAUUUUUCUUUCAUUAUGUUAAAAUUUCCAACAUGGGACUAGUCUACGUUGGGAUUGAAUUGAAAGAGCUGAGUAAUUUUUGUUUACGUUGUCAAUGUAUAAAUCAAAAUGCAAAAUUUUUAAAUGUCAUUAAAACAUUAAGAGAAGGGGCAUGACAUCCUUUCAUUCUUUGGGCCCCAAACAUGAGGAACAUUUAAUUGCUGAACUUGCUCGGAACAACAGGCUGGAGACCCUUUUUGUUCAAAGUGUGUGUAGUUGCUCAGUGUCGCCCAUGUGCUUUUACGUGACAAUAAUGAUAGAAUAGAAAAUGCUGUCUUUCCUAGGUUUUCCAACUGUCUUAUAUUUCCUAGGUGAGAAAACAAGAGGUGGAGAUUCUCUGUUCGAACACAAGACCUCGGCCAAAAGUUAUUGAACUUGGAAAUCACAUUACCUAUUAGGUUCCUUCUGUCUUUUUAUUUAGAAGGAAUGAAUUUCAUUAAUGAAGUUGAAUUGUGGACGGGGAAAAAAUCUCCACAAAUCAAGGCUGCCUCUCAAAAGUGGAAUGCCUACAGCCAUUAUGAGAGUAGGGUAUCCAUAAUCCAUGAGUAUAUUGAUGGAAAUCGUCCGCAUUUCACCUCAUUUGAUUGUUCAUUGCUUAGGAGUAAAUGGGUCUUUCUGGAAUCCUCGUCCAUUGUUUUCUGAUUUGCACCCAAGUAGAUCACCUUAUCCAUCAGCCUCCCGUUUGUGUAUAAGAUUAACUAAUUUUUUGAAGAAAACGAAAAAUCAAGAGCCUUUUAUAUUUGUCUGAAGCUCUAGAUCUUAGAUGAAUUGAUACGGGAGACUGCUGGAGGUUGGGGGAUAGCUUUGCAUCUUUUCCUACUGCUGGCCUAAGUGAUUGCUCUUGCAUCUUUUCCAACUGUAUUUUUUGUUGGUUGGCUCAUGUUUCAGGUUUUCGACCUAGCUUCCCAUUAUCUUUUAUUUCCAAAUUUCCCAGUCGAUUAAGAAGAGAAUGUGAAGAGGAAAUAAUUUCUGAGUAAAGGAAUUAUUUAGUUGAGGAAAUCUUCAAGAUGGAAUUUUGCAUGCGUUGGCCUUUACCCUACUGAGAAAUGAUUCGCUGUUCAUUUAACUGAGAGAGAGAGAGAGGGGUAGGGGUAGGGGUGGCCCAUUUAGCCAUAGUUUUAUAAGUAUGGAGGAAGGUGCGGGUUGUUUCAGAAAAGGUGACGUUUGCAUUCUCGUUUAAGUUGUUAUAGUCAAAUAUGGGGUACCAGUUAGUUUGUGGAACCAGAUCGUCAGGCCCACAUCCAUAUAAUGUAGCACUCUUUUUUAUUUUUGUGGCAGUCUUUUUUCUUUUUUCUUUUCCCCCGCAAAGAAUCAUGAAUCAUACAAGUCCAUAAUUAACGUGGAGGGGUGCAAUGUGCCAGAUGUGCCUAACUUGUAAUUUCAUUCUGUACUUCUCAUAAAAGGAUCAAUAUUAAGUAUCCAUGCAUAGGUUUCACAUAGCUGUACCCAAAGAAGACAAGUUUGUAGCUUUUCUCCGGGCUUUCAGAGGUUUUUUGUGCCAAUGACAAUAUUUUGGAUUUGUUGUGAUCAAUCUGUUAAAACAUGGUUCAGUGUCUAUCCUCCAUUUGUCAACGCCAAAGUCUCAUUAAGCUGAUAGUUAUUCUCAAUGCAUAGUUCCGCUGUAGGGUUAUCUACAAAGCCACGCUAUCCUUAAUAAAGUGUGAUUCAUAUUGUUUUACUAUCUAAACUAGUGAAAUGAUUGUGGUUUUGGUACCUAAACACCUUUUUUUUCUACAUGCUUAUAUGUCUUGUUUAAGAUGGAUAGUUAACUCCUGUAGCUAUUUCUUGGUUUGUUUUUUUAUGCCUGUAAUGCUUGAGACGUACUUAGAUUUACUAACUUGAGCUUCAUAUGAUGACAGUGGUGUAUCUUCUUUCAAUGAAUUUAUCCAUGAUCUCUCCACGGAGUUCGAUCCUUCCACAAGUGCAGACUACACGUCUGGGGAAGAAAAUGAUGAUGAAGACAUAUUUCCUGGAUCCCCUUUGUCUCAAUCAUCACGGUUAUCACAUGCAAGCAGUUUUUCCAGAUAUGACCGAAGUAAUUCGCGCAAGAUCAGAUGGGUGAUUUCUUAUGUUCUGUGGGCCAUAAAAUUUGUUCUCUGUUUGCCACUUCUUCUACUUCGCUCUGUCAGAUUUCGAAGACAUGAAGCUAGAUCCUCUGAAGUCUCGACGGAAGCCAAGUUUUCCUCCAUCCAUAGGGAGAAAUUAGGUCAUGUCAAGGACCAUGUUGUUCAUCGAGCGACUGAUAGGAGGCGCGGUGUAAUUGAGGUUGAAAAUCAUAUGUGGCAUAUCACAUUACAUCAUAUUCUUUCUUUAUAAUUGCAAUUUUUUUUAGCUUCUUAGUUUAUAUAUAUUUUUAUUUAUUAGGGAAUUCUUUGUGUACCAUUGAUGAACAGGAUUUGCAGGUGGCAAUUGAGAUAUUCAUUGAAGGCAUCUUUCAAUUUUUUCACAAGGCGGCACAUUUUCUUCUUUCACCUAGAGAAGCUUUUGGAACUAUGUGGAGGUGGUACACUUCCCAUGAAAAUAGAGAUGAGGAUUUUACAGGUGAUGAGGACAUACCUGUCCCAUCUGCUACCCUAGCUGACGGUGACCCUGGUCUGACAGAAAGACAUAGUAGGCUUCACCAAUCUCUAAAUACUGAUGCUCGGACUUGUGAGGAUGUGAUAAGAGAACAUGGGUAAUGCUGCGUCUUUUUCUGUGCCUUUUUCCUUCUUGAGAUUCAUUAUAUUUCCUCAGCCUUCAGAAUUUCGUUUACAGCCACAGUUUUUCACAGAAUUGCAGUGAAAGCUAUUUGCUUUCUUUCUGGAGAAGCUGAAUAAAGAGGAUAUCCUGUUUUAUUAAAAUGUUGUAAUGCGAAAAUUCAUAUCCAGAAUUUUGUAUCCCUCACAAACGUAUACAAUUUUCUUGGAUACAAAAGAGUGGGAUUAUUUUUGGAGAAAUUUUCUAAAAAAAUAAAAUUCCGUAUAGGUACCCAUAUGAAUCCUUUCGAGUGGUUACAUCCGAUGGUUACAUCCUUUUACUUGAGAGGAUCCCAAGGUAUCAUGACGCGGAACGCUUUGGAUUUUGGCUCUGUUUUAUUUUUCAUAUCCGAAUGCUAAAUUUGUUACAUGUCUGGAUUUGAUCUUUGGUAUGUGUUAUAGGCGUGACGCGCAGAAGGUUGUUUAUCUGCAGCAUGGUAUUUUAGACUCAUCAAUGGGGUGAGUAAUCUCUACAUCACAGUUUCCUUUUGUAUACUAUGUUUUCAAUUAUUUCCAAGUAUCUACUCUAUUAACCAGUCACGACGAAGAAAUCGUUUGGAUUUCCCUGUGUAAUGGCCAAAAAAUCAUAAAUUUUGUACAUAACAGCAUGAUCUUUGGUAUGUGUUUCAACUGGGAUGACCACAAAACCUGUUUCCUACGCUUGACAAAUUCUUAGAAAUCCAACUAUUUUCUCAUUCUGACUCAUCGGCGUGAUGCCUUCUUCAGAUUUCAGAUACUAAACACCAGAGAAUAUAUUUCCUUUUUUUUUGGGGGGGGGGAGGAUUCAUCUUCAGAAAAAAACCAUGCCCAUGGUUUAAUGGAUGGUUUUUUCAUAAUUGUGCUAGUUGAUGCUAAAGCAUCAAAGAGAAGUUUGCAAUUCAUUUUUUCAGAACCAACUCCUCGUUGCAUUUAGUGUCCUUUAAAUCUGCCGGUAAACUAUCCAAGAUCGUGAUACUCAUUUUUAGUUAGACAGAGUUCCAUGACUUUUGAGAAAAAUAAAGAACCAAAGAUUCGUGGGACUUGUUAUCUGGAGUCGGAUUCAAUACUUUUUCCGUGUUAACAACACUCUUGAGAUUCAAUGACCUCUUUGGCUAAAAUCUGGCGAAUUCCCAAACUAGCUUACUUGAUUUCGUAUCACAACCACGUUGAUUUUUGUAUCAUGACGACAUUUGUGGAUGGUAGUAGCUUCUCUUGUCCUAAGAAAGUAACAGCCCCACAGGCAGUUUCUUUCUCAUCUCUCCAUCGCCAUUCUCACUGAGCCAGAGAAUUUUCACGUGGCAUACGGUUGACCUUGUUUUUUUCUUUCGCUCUUCUGUUCCAGUUGGGUGUCAAAUGGGGUCGUUGGCUCUCCAGCAUUUGCAGCCUUCGAUCAAGGUACGUACUGUUCUUCCCAUGGUGAGACGAAUGAUCAUAAUCUCAUGAAACCCGGAAUAUAUCACUCCAAAAAUCCAAGUUUUGCCGUGUUUCUUCCAAAGGGUACGACGUUUUCCUCGGGAAUUUCCGAGGAUUGGUGUCUAGGGAGCAUAUCAACAAGAACAUAUCCUCACACAAGUAAGCUCUUGAUUUUAUUUUAUUUUAAAUAAAUAAAAAAAGAAAAUUUUCUCUUCGAACCCGUUGACUCAUGGAGAUCCAGGUACUGGAAGUAUUCGGUCAACGAGCACGGAGUGCAGGAUGUACCGGCCAUCAUAGAGGAGAUACAUCGGAUCAAAGUCUCCGAACUGACAUUGCUUCAGCCCGAGUUCCGGGAUGAGAUGGGCGGCGGCGACCAGCCCUACAAACUAUGCACCGUCACCCACAGCCUCGGAGGGGCGGCGAUGCUGAUGUACGUCAUCACUCGCCGGAUCGAGGACCGGCCGCACAGGCUGUCGCGGCUGAUCCUUUUAUCGCCAGCGGGCUUCCACGGGGACUCCACCAUCGUCUUCACCAUAAUGGAGCACUUGCUCCUGCUCUUCAGUCCUCUCCUGGCGUACUUCAUCCCGGCUCUAUACAUACCCACCAGGUUCUUCCGCAUGCUUCUCAACAAGCUAGCAAGGGACUUCCACAAUAACCCCGCCCUGGGGGGCCUGGUUCAGACUCUCAUGAGCUACGUCGUCGGCGGCGACUCCUCCAAUUGGGUCGGUGUUCUCGGCCUGCCACACUACAACAUGUACGACAUGCCCGGGCUCUCUCUUCAGGUCGGCGUCCAUCUCGCCCAGAUGAAGCGGGCGCGGAGGUUCACGAUGUACGACUACGGCAGCGCCGCCGCCAACGUGAGGGCCUACGGAUCCCCCCGGCCGAUGGAUUUGGGCCAGCACUACCACCUCAUCGACGUGCCCGUUGACUUGGUUGCGGGGAGGAAAGACCAGGUGAUCCGCCCCUCCAUGGUCAGGAAGCACUACAGAGUAAUGAAGAGAGCGGGCGUGGAGGUGUCCUACAAUGAGUUCGAGUACGCCCAUCUGGACUUCACCUUCUCCCACAGAGAGGAGCUUCUGGCCUACGUCAUGUCCCGCCUGCUGCUGGCCAUGCCGCCGCCGCCGAAGAGCCAGGGUAGCGUCAGGUACAGGAAGGCCGGCAGAGAUCGAGGGAGAGACGAGGCGAGCAGCGGGACCCGUACAGACGCUGCUGAAAUCCAGACUUCGGAGGCAGCCUAG